CCUUGCAAUCCCAGGAGCGAAGAACAUAAGGCUACGUUUACGGUUGCUUUUAUUGACCAGUCGAGCUGAGACAUUAGGAAAAAGUUGCAGAAAUUGGAAGGGUUACAAGAUAAGUCUUUGAGAGAGUUAGUGCAGGUUGUUGAGAAAGUGUUUCAUAACUGGGAGGCGGAAGAAGAAAAAGAAGAUAGGAAGCAGAAGGAACAGGAGUCUAGAGAAUUAAGAGAGGAGAGACAGGAAAAGAACCUUCACAGAAUCUUGGCCACAGUAGUUAGAGAGACUAGAGAACCAAGUAGGAUAGUACCUGGCAACCGAAGAGAACCCCUGGCCAAAGAUCAAUGCAUUUACUGUAAAGAAAAGGGACAUUGGGCGAGAGAUUGCCCCCCCAAAAAGGGGUCCUAUGUGCCUGACAGAAAGCUGGUGGGGCCUAAAGUACUGGCCAUCCAAGAGGACAGUGACAGUGAAUAGAGGGGACAGGGUUUGGAUCCCCUCUCCGAACCCAGGGUAACCCUUACCAUGGAGGGAAGCCCACUCAGUUUCUGGUGGACACAGGGGCACAGUAUUUGGUCCUCCUACAAUCAGAUGGGCCGAUUUCCAAAAAGAAGUCCUGGGUCCAAGGGUCCACAGGCAACAAGCAAUACUCAUGGACUACCCGAAGAACAGUGGACCUAGGCAUGGGCUGGGUAUCCUACUCGUUCAUUGUUAUCCCAGGAUGCCUUUGCCUCUUGUUGGGUAGAGAUCUUCUCACUAAGAUGGGAGCUUAGAUCCAUUUCCUCCCAGAAAGGCCCCAAGUCAGGGGCCAACAGGGAGAACCCAUCCAGGUGCUGACUAUGAAAUUAGAGGAUGAGUACCAACUCUUUGAGAAUAAGGGAUCACAGGAGUGAUGACUUUGACUGGUGGUUACAGAACUUCCCACAAGCCUGGGCUGAGACUGCAGGAAUGGGGAAAGCUUAGAACCAGCCUUUGGUCCAUGUGGACCUAAAAGCCCAGGCCAGCCCAGCUACUUUUUACCAGUACCCUAUGGGACAAAGAAGUCCCUAAUGGGAUCCGACCCCACAUCCUGCACCUCCUCCAUCUGGGGAUCCUGUGGAGGUGCCAGUCUGCAUGGAAUACGCCCCUCCUCCCAGUACGGAAGCCCAGGUCCAGUGACUAUCGACCUAUCCAUGUUCUCAGAGAGGUAAACAAGCGGGUGUCUGACCUCCACCCUACGGUCCCUAACCCAUGUAAUCUGUUGAGUUCCUUGCCUCCCUCUAGGAUUUCGUAUACUGUACUGGACUUCAAAGACGCCUUUUUCUGUCUAUCUCUGGCCCCUAAGAGAGCAAGGAGUACUUUGCCUUUAAGUGGAAAGAUCCUGAGUCAGGCAUUAUGGGCCAGCUCACGUGGACCCACUUACUUCAGGGCUUCAAGAACUCCCCCACCAUUUUUGAUGAGGCUCUACAACAAGACCUAGCCGCCUUUCCAAUCCCCAGGCAGUACGUGGAUGACCUCUUGGCUGCUUCCAGCAAGGAACUGUGUUUACAAGGCACUAACUGUCUUCUCAUGGAACUGGGAGAGUUAGAGGCUACCAUGCCUCAGCAAAGAAAGCCCAAAUAUGCCGCCAACAGGUGGACACCAUGUCCUUGAAGAUUCAGACCAGCAAUGUAACCAACAAGAAUGACCCUAAGUCCAUCAACUCUCGGGUCUUCAUUGGAAAUCUAAACACAGCUGUGGUAAAGAAGUCAGAUGUGGAGACCAUCUUUUCCAAGUAUGGCCGUGUGGCUGGCUGUUCUGUGCACAAAGGCUAUGCUUUUGUCCAGUAUGCCAAUGAGCGCCAUGCCCGGGCAGCUGUGCUAGGAGAGAAUGGGCGGGUGCUAGCUGGACAGACCCUGGAUAUCAACAUGGCCGGAGAGCCCAAGCCUAAUAGACCCAAGGGGCUAAAGAGAGCAGCAACUGCCAUCUACAGUGGCUACAGCUUUGACUAUGAUUACUACCAAGACUACUACUGUGCCAGGCUGUUUGAUUAUCGAGGCCGUCUUUCUCCAGUACCUGUGCCCAGGGCAGUUCCAGUGAAGCGACCCCGUGUUACAGUCCCUUUGGUUCGCCGUGUCAAAACUACAAUACCUGUCAAGCUCUUUGCCCGCUCUACAGCUAUCACUACUGGCUCAGCCAAAAUCAAGUUAAAGAGCAGUGAGCUACAGACCAUCAAAACAGAGCUGACACAGAUCAAGUCCAACAUCGAUGCCCUGUUGGGUCGCUUGGAACAGAUUGCUGAAGAACAGAAGGCCAACCCAGAUGGCAAGAAGAAGGGUGACAGCAACAGUGGUGGUGGAGGGAGCAGCAGUGGCGGAGGUGGCAGUGGCAAUGUUGGUGGUGGCAGCAGUGGCAGCAGCGGUGGUGGCAGUGGGAGCUGCAGCAGCAGCCGGCCCCCAGCCCCCCAAGAAGACACAGCUUCUGAGGCAGGCACACCCCAAGGAGAAGUCCAAACUCGAGAUGAUGGUGACGAGGAGGGACUGCUAACACAUAGCGAGGAAGAGCUGGAGCACAGCCAGGACACAGACGCAGAAGAUGGAGCCUUGCAGUAAGCAGCUUAACAGGAGCAUUGGCCACCAGCAGAAGGGCACCACUGUCUCAGGCUUCAAGCCAGGCACCCAUCUCUGGAUGCCAGUCUAUAGCGGGUACCAGAGGAAAGCUGGCAGCAGUAACUCCUCUCCCCAUGCAUCCUAGCCAGUGAGUGCUGCAUCCUUUGCAAGUGGAGUUACUGGCCCACCCUUACCCCUGCACUCUUCCUGUCUGCACUGCCUGGGCCAUCGGGCAGAAGCACUCUGCUCUUCUUCCCCAGGACAUUCCCAGGCUUGGGGUUUUUCUAUAGGUUUGAAGGGGGAGGGAGGGUUGGGAUGGGUGGGGAGAACCUGACAAUAAAGACAUUGGAUCCAAAUAUGCUCUGA